AUGUCCCCCUACCAACUUGUAUAUCGAAAGUCUUGCCAUUUGCUGGUAGAGCUUGAGCAUAAGGCUAUAUGGGCACUAAACAAGCUAAAUUUGGAUUGGGGCGCCGCAUCAUAUCAGGGAAUGAGUGACUUGAAUGUCCUUGAUGAGUUUCGCCUAAGAGCUUAUUAUAGUUCAGCUUUGUACAAGGAGAAGAUGAAAAAGUAUCAUGAUCGAAGGAUUGAAAAGCAAAAAUUUGUUGUUGGUGAUCUUGUGCUUCUAUUCAACUAUAGCUUGCACUUGUUUCAGGGCAUGCUAAAGUCUAAGUUAACCGGGCCAUUCUUAGUAAUGCACCUGCUCCCAUAUGGAGCGGUCGAUCUGGAGAACAGUGGCAGAACAAGGUUUAAGGUAAACAGGCAAAGGAUCAAGGUCUAUCUGGGAAACGCGGAAAGUGUGCAAGAAGUUGUUGAGGCCUAUUAUCUUGAUGUAGUCUGA